UCUAUAUCUUUUUUUCACAUCAAUUAUCUUUUCAAAAUGCGACAUCUCUUUGUCACAAUCCUCAUCUUCUUCCUUCCUUUCCUUUAUAAUUUCUCCUUCGCGCUCUGCGCUCGGACUCUCGCCGGCAGUUGGACGCCAAUCAAUGCAAGUGACCCCAUGGUCAUUGAGAUCGGGAAGUUUGCCGUGGAUGAGCACGACAAGGAUGACCAUAUGUCGCUGCAGUUUGAAAAAGUGGUGGCCGGAGAAAGCCAAGUGGUGGCUGGAACGCAAUACAACAUAACGAUUACGGCGGUAGAAGGCGGUGUUGAGAAUAAUUAUGUGGCACUCGUUUGGGAUAAGCCAUGGCAGAAAUUUAGAGAGCUUAUGUCCUUUGUUGGACCUGUUUGAGUAUAUAAUUUAGGGUUUUUUAUGAUUUUGAAAGGUGCAUUGUGUCUGUUAUAACAGCGUUAUGAAUCUAUAUCACAAAUUUAAAUAAAAGAUGAUCCUUUGCCCUUUGGUA